ACGAGGGUCCCCGGCCGGCGGCCCUCCCUGCGCAGGCGCGGCGGGGCGGAGCGGCCGACUGACUGACUGGCGGGGCUGACGACGGGCGGCGGCGGCCGUCACCAUGAGCACCCCGGGGAAGGAGAACUGCCGCCUGAAGAGCUAUAAGAACAAGUCCCUGAACCCCGACGAGCUGCGCAGGAGGAGAGAGGAGGAAGGCCUCCAGCUCCGCAAGCAGAAGAGAGAAGAGCAGCUCUUCAAACGCAGAAAUGUGGCCACGGCAGAAGAGGAGGCGGAGGAGGAGGUCAUGGCGGACGGGGGCUUCCACGAGGCCCAGGUCAACAACAUGGAGAUGGCGUCGGGUGGCGUCAUCACGGCCGAGAUGAUCGACAUGAUCUUCGCCACCGGCCCCGAGCAGCAGCUGGCGGCCACCCAGAAGUUCCGGAAGCUGCUUUCCAAAGAGCCCAACCCUCCGAUCGACGAGGUCAUCAACACGCCGGGAGUGGUGGCCAGGUUCGUGGAGUUCCUCAAACGCAAAGAGAAUUGUACAUUACAGUUCGAAGCGGCCUGGGUGCUGACCAACAUCGCCUCGGGGAACUCCCUGCAGACGCGAGUCGUCAUCCAGGCCGGGGCCGUGCCCGUCUUCAUCGAGCUGCUCAGCUCCGAGUUCGAGGACGUGCAGGAGCAGGCGGUGUGGGCGCUGGGGAACAUCGCGGGAGACGGGACCGUGUGCAGGGACUUCGUGCUGGACUGCACCAUCCUCCCCCCGCUCUUGCAGUUGCUGUCGAAGCAGAACCGCCUGACCAUGACGCGGAACGCCGUCUGGGCCCUGUCCAACCUCUGCCGGGGGAAGAACCCGCCGCCUAAUUUCGCCAAGGUGUCCCCCUGCCUGAACGUCCUGUCCUGGCUGCUGUUCGUCAACGACACGGACGUGCUGGCGGACGCCUGCUGGGCGCUGUCCUACCUGUCGGACGGGCCCAACGACAAGAUCCAGGCCGUCAUCGACGCGGGCGUGUGCCGGAGGCUGGUGGAGCUGCUCACGCACGGUGACUACAAGGUGGUGUCUCCCGCCCUCCGGGCCGUGGGGAACAUCGUGACGGGCGACGACGUCCAGACCCAGGUGAUCCUGAACUGCUCGGCCCUGCAGAGCCUCCUGCACCUGCUGAGCAGCCCGAAGGAGUCCAUCAAGAAGGAAGCCUGCUGGACCGUCUCCAACAUCACCGCGGGCAACCGGGCCCAGAUCCAGACCGUCAUCGACGCCACCAUCUUCCCCGCCCUCAUCACCAUCCUCCAGACGGCCGAGUUCCGGACCCGGAAAGAGGCGGCCUGGGCCAUCACGAACGCCACCUCCGGGGGCUCGGCCGAGCAGAUAAAGUACCUGGUGGACCUGGGCUGCAUCAAGCCGCUGUGCGACCUGCUGACCGUGAUGGACGCCAAGAUCGUCCAGGUGGCGCUGAGCGGGCUGGAGAACAUCCUGCGGCUCGGGGAGCAGGAGGCCAAGCGGGGCGGCACCGGCAUCAACCCCUACUGCGCCGCCAUCGAGGAGGCCUACGGCCUGGACAAGAUCGAGUUCCUGCAGAGCCACGAGAACCAGGAGAUCUACCAGAAGGCCUUCGACCUGAUCGAGCACUACUUCGGGACGGAGGACGAGGACAGCAGCGUGGCCCCGCAGGUGGACCUGAGCCAGCAGCAGUUCAUCUUCCAGCAGUGCGAAGCCCCCAUGGAAGGCUUCCAGCUCUGAGCCCCCCCCCCCGGCCCCCCGGCCCCCCGCCCGCCCGGAAGGAGAGAAUCGCAACUGACGUAGAGAGGCGGGAUGGCCCGGCGUGGAAAUAAGCUACGUGCGACCCUCCCCCCUCCCCGACCCCCGGUCCGGAGGCCGGCGGGGACGAGGGGGCCGGGGGAGCGGGCCGCCGCCUCGGGCCCUCCCCGCGUCCCGCCCGGCGGGCCCCGUGACCCCCGCCGGCGGCCCGCGGACCGGCCGGGGGCGACCCCCGUGACCCGCGGCGCUCGCUCCGGGUGACCGGCGCUUUUGCCGGGCCUCCCCGCCCCCCGGCCCGGCCGCUUCGUGCCCGCGCUUGACCGGCGGAGGGACUUGGAUUCUUCGUCCCCUUAGGGAGCAAAUCAGAUGGUUUAAUUUAACGGCAGAGAGAAGCCUCGACGUUGCCUUUACGUCCCGUAGAGCGACUGUUCUUUUUUCCAGAACAGGGGGAGUAGAAGCACUGAGUGGCAGGAAAAAAAUCUCGUUUUUAGCUUGGGUUUUUUUUGUUGUUUUUUUUUUUUUUUCCGUGGCUGGAUUUUUUUUUUUUUCCCCUUUUCCGUUUUUUAAUGGUAAAUUUCCAAUGCCCCGCCGUUUCUACGGGACCCGUUUUCGAUCGUGGACCUUUUAUCGGACGGGAUGAAAAGACGACCUAUUUUGUAAACUGAUUUGAAUAGAUCUAUGAAGUACACGCUCUCACACACUCACACCACACACACAGGGAAGCUUCUCUCCCCCCUCCCAGGUAAGAACAGCGGGGGGGGGUGUGCGAGUGUCGGGGACACCCCCCCCCCCCCCCCACACACACGCACCGGUCUAGACGAGUGAAUUAAAAUGGAGAAUCCAUCGCAACGGG